AUGAUUUUGGAAGAGUUGCCUUCGCAUCUGCCUGAAUAUUGUGCUGUUUUUCCGCGACUUGCAAAUGAUUUCGCCGAACGCAACUUUGAUCCAAAAAAGUACGAAAACUACCAUCAACUGCGUCGCAUUUCCCUCCGUGCAUCGAACAUCAACUUCAAGUUGCCCAGCCGCAUUCUCGAAAUCAAAUGGACAGAAAGUGACAUCGUUCAAUUUACGCACGACCACUUCGUCAGCUUGCGUCGUCUCUCAACGCUGAAUAUCUCCUUCAAUCAGCUUCGAAAACUCCCUGAACUGCCGCCUCAGCUCAAGCUACUCGACAUUUCUUUUAACAAAAUUGAUAACUUAACAUUCCAAAAACCGCUGAAACAUCUCCAAUCGCUGAAAGCUUCAAACAACCUCCUCGACAGCGUUCCCGAAAACAUCGUAGAAUUCUCGAAUCUUCAAAACCUACAACUCAACGAUAACAAACUCUGCUCCCUUCCAAAUUUGGACAAUCUUGAGCUCGAGUCUCUGGACAUCCGCAACAACCGUCUCGCGAGACUUCCGCGUGUUUGGGAGGGAAUCACUGACUUCCUGAUAGAUGGCAACUUUUCCACCAUCCCCGGACCGUAUUUGGGCACGGAGUUCUUGCUCCGCGACCACAAGUUUAAUGCCGAACGCGAGCGACCGCCCGUCAAGCACAAUCUUCCCACCAGCUCAGUGCAGCCUCCGCCAAUCGCAAAGAGGCCCGACAAAAUACCGCCGAAACCAAGGCCGCUCUCGAAGCAAUCUUCAAAGAGCAGCAUCUCUUCAAAUGGGUCUUCUAUCUCUUCACUCUCUGAAGAGACAAAAAAGCUACAGAUUCAGAAAACAGAAACAGCUCGAAAAACGGCUCUUCAAAACUAUCGAAGAAUACAGUCAGAGAAAGAGAACGGGUCAAGGUUUGAUCAGCAUGUCUCCUCACUUAAUCGACUGAUUGUUACUGACAGCAAUCGGAAGCCAACCUCUGUCCGAGCGCAAAACAGAACUAAACCGUUGUACUCAAACUCGUGUAACAAAAACUCAAGAACGGAGCAUCAACUUUUGGAAGCUCUUUCCGAAUGUCUUCGCAAGCAGCUUCCCCCGUCAACGCCUCUGAUGGAUGGUAUCAUCUUUAUCCGCGCCUACAACGCAAGGAGAAAGAAAACAUCGGAGGCCCUGCUCGUCGAGCUCCCCGGGCCAAAUGAUGAUACUUUAUCAUCGCAAAAAGCAAGCCGGAAUGCUGAGCGCUUCGCGAACACGGCAAGAGAAAGUGGAUUUCAUCUUACCGCGAGGGACGUGCUCGAGUUGCGAACAGAUCGCAUCCUUCCUUACCUGGCCCAUCUCUGCGACGCUUCCAAACGAUCCGCAGCUUCCUCAAGCACCAACUCGAUCAGGCCUCCUACUGUUGUCUAA